CUCUCGAAAAGUUGGUACGUAUUACAAGAAGUUUAGCAAAAGACCCGGUUGAAAUUGAGCUCAACCAUUGGUCCUCCAAUGUUAGACUGUAAACCAAUGUUUGCUUUACUUAUCACACUUGAAAUAAAAGCUUAUGGGAAAAGAAAACACAUGCUAGCACUGUGUUUUCCUUCUUUGCAAAGCUAAGCCUUGGGACACCAUUCUGUACUAUAUAUGCUCUUUGAUAUACCAAUUGCCUCUCUUGAACUUGGAAACCAAUCAACCAUGGCAGACACAAACUCAUUCGUUUUCGCAGCAACACAAUCUCUUUCUUUUUCUUCUGGAACCAUUGAUGUCAAAGACAAAAGAGACUGUCGGAUUUGUAGAGUCACAAGGAAAGGAGGUAAAACUAGAAGUCAAUCUUUCGGGGCUCACACAGUUUCUUCUGCAACAAAUCAAAACUUGUCAAAUUACACUCCAACUACACCGCUUUGCAAUCCCUUUUCGUUCGCUACUUCAUCAGUUCUUCCUCAUACUACUCCCGAAAAAAUGGUUGAAGUAGCAGGCUCAGAUCACGCAGAGAAUUCAGGAAAAGACAGUGGACUCAAUCAGCAGAACACCCUGAAAGAGAGAGAAGAAAAUUCUGAAUCAGUUUCAUGUCCACCUUUACCACUAAUACGCAUUUCACGAAUCCUGAAAGGCAUUCCUCACAGUCCUCAUUUUCUUCAGCUUCGUAGUCACUCUGAAGCGGCAAGGAAGAAUUUAAUGGCAGGGUGGGAUCGAGCAUUUGAAGAAACAGUUGAAGAAAUACAUUCUUUGACGGCAAAUGUUUUCUGGGUCAGAGCCAGUGAGCUGUGGAAGACUAUGGAGGAGCUUCAAAGUUUAGGCUACAAUGUGUUUAAGCUGAGGAAAAGGUUGGUGGAGUUAACAGAGGUGACGGUUGAGCAAAAACUGUCUCAGUUGGAGAUCAGGAGAUUGAAGGUCAAGGCUGAGUCUCAUAGAAUGGAGAUGAGUAGGUUGGAAAGUGUUAUUUUGGGCCUAAAGAUACAGGUUGAGAAAGAGCAGGUUGCUAAGGUGGAAGUGCUUAAAGAGGUAGCAAAGAUGGAAAAUGAGUUGCCCAAAUUUGAUAGCGGCUUUGCUUCUUUAGCCACGGGUCCUUUGUAAUCUACAAUUUUUGUAUGCUGCUAGUUGAGGUAAUUGGGUUUCUGGUGUCUAGUACUAGUAGUUUAUGAGGGUCUUUACUUUUGGUGGACUUGGAGGUCUGGUAUAGUGAAUGUGUUUUGGGGCUUAUACCAAAAAAAAAAAAAAAAAAAAAAAAAAAAGCCCC